UCCAGCCCAGCUAAUGACCUAACCCUAGCCCGGCCCCGAUGAUCCCCUGAAUCGAUCCUUCCUCUCGAUCCCGACCUGGUUCACACCGGCGGCGGCGGCAGGCCGGCACCGAAUUCCAGCAGUUCCUCACAGACUGCCCGGCUCCCCCUCAGCCCCUCUCACACAGGCACGCAACAGCCAGUAGCAGCCCGUUCCCCGGCGGCAGCUCGCCGGCUGAGCUCGUCACUUCGCAGGCGGUAGCGGCAGCAGCAGCACCAAGGUACUUGAUGGAGCCUGAUCUAACUUUGGAUGAAGUAGCAGAACAGAACAGAUCAGCACCUGACGAAGAGGAUGAAGAUGCUUUCGUCGUCGAGGAGAUUGGGGAUUCUUCAGAUGACCGACAGGCAGAGCCGACCGUGGCGUUGGAACCCAAGAAGGGGAUGAUGUUCAGCAGCGAGGAUGAUGCUGUCAGGUUCUACAAAGCUUAUGCCAGAAAAAAGGGCUUUGGUGUCAUAAGAAGGACGACCAGACACGGAGAAGACAAAAUGCUUACUUAUUUCACGCUUGCUUGUAACAGACAAGGGAAGGCUCAGUACUCAGCAAAGAACUCAUUCAAGCCUAAUCCGUCGACAAGGAUGCAAUGCCCAGCUAAAAGUAAUUUCUCUCGUCGUGGGGAAAACUUUUGUAUCACGACUGUUACGCUUGACCACAAUCAUCCUAUAAGUCCAAGCAAAGCCAGAUUUCUGAGAUGUCAUAAGAAAGUGGACUUGCAUUCCAAGAGAAGGCUAGAAUUGAAUGAUCAAGCAGGAGCACGUAUGAACAAGAAUUUUGGUUCUCCUGUUAUGGAAGCUGGCUGGUAUGGAAAUCUUGAGUUUGGUGAAAAGGAAUGCACUAACUAUUUGCAAGAGAAAAGAAGCCUGAAACUUGGUGCUGGAGAUGCACAUGCCCUUUAUCAGUAUUUUCUCCAUAUGCAGUCAAAAGAUCCAGCUUUUUUCCAUGUUAUGGAUGUGGCCGAGGAUGGACGACUGAGAAAUGUCUUUUGGGCAGAUGCAAGAAGUAGGGCUGCAUACGAGUCUUAUUGGGAUGUCAUCACAUUUGAUACUACAUACCUAACAAACAAGUAUACAAUACCGCUCGCUACUUUUGUUGGCAUAAAUCAUCAUGGAGAAUCUGUUCUAUUAGGUUGUGGUCUUCUGUCCAAUGAAGACACCGAGACUUUUGUUUGGCUGUUUAAAUCUUGGCUAUGCUGUAUGUCAUGCAAACCACCAAAUGCUAUAAUCACCGACCAAUGCAAACCAAUGCAGAAUGCUAUUGAAGAAGUUUUCCCUCAAGCUCGUCAUAGAUGGUGUGCAUGUCAUAUCAUGAAGAAGAUUCCUGAAAACCUUAAUGGGUAUGAAAACAUUAAAUCUACAUUGUCAAAUGUGGUGUAUGAUUCCUUGACCAAACAUGGUUUUGACAAAGCUUGGGUGGAGAUGAUCAAUAAAUAUGAUCUUCAGGAGAAUGAAUGGCUUGCUGGAUUAUAUGAUAAUAAAAAUCGAUGGGUACCAGCAUAUGUAAAAGAUACUUUCUGGGCAGGAAUGUCUUCAACAAAAAGGAGUGAGAGUGUAAAUGCUUUCUUUGAUGGCUAUGUCAAUGCUAGAACAACUCUGAAGCAAUUUGUGGAGCAGUAUGAAAAUUUACUAAGAGACAAGGUAGAGAAAGAAAACAAGGCUGAUUCUAAGUCAUUCCAACAGCAAAUUCCAUGCAUUACUCACUAUGACUUUGAGAGACAAUUUCAAGCAGCAUAUACUACUGCAAAGUUUAAAGAGUUUCAAGAUCAAUUAAGAGGUAAAAUCUAUUGCUAUCCAACUCAGCUGAACAAAGAAGGAUCAAUUUUUACAUUUGGAGUCAGAGAGGACAGCAAGAUUUUUUGUGAAGGGGAGGAUGGCAAAGGAAAAGAGAAAAGGGUUAUUUUAGAGUUCAUUGUCUUGUUCAACCAAGGGGAAUGUGAUGUGCAGUGUAUGUGUAGGCUCUUUGAAUUUCGAGGCAUCUUGUGUAGCCACAUCAUUUCCGUGCUUGCUCUCAUGGAGAUCACAGAUGUACCUUCUAGGUAUAUAUUGCAGCGAUGGAGAAAGGAUAUUAAGCGCAAACACACAUUUAUUAGAUGCUCCUAUGAUGAUAUGAUUGAUACACAAGUUGUGCAGCGUUAUGAUAAUUUGUGCAAGCGUUCCCACGAACUGGCAGAGAAUGGUGCAGAGUCUGAUGCAUUGCAUGACUUGGUGAUGGAUGGCCUUAAUGAAUUACAAAGUAAGAUUGACGCGUACUGUGCUAGGUAGGAAGUUUAAGAGAAGGAUCCAACUUCAAAGCAUGAAGAUACAAUGAAAAAGAAAAAAAGGAAAAAAUUGUACUCAGUCCAAUCCCUAUUCGCAGUGUAGGUUGUCCUCCUUCAAAGAGAAAGGAAUCGAAAGUGGAUCAAGUGGUCAAAAAAUUGAGAGCAAAGAAGCAGCAGGUACCAACAAAUACAAAUGAAAUGCCAAGUCAAUAGAGGAGAAAGGUAUCUAAAUUUUAGUUAUCCAAAAAGAUCUUCCUGUUGUAACUUACUAAAGUGUAAGAACCAUCUCUUGGCAGAAACAGAACAGCAAAUCAAAAAAUGGGCAAGACGCCAAUCUAGAGAGUUCACAACAAAUGGAUGUAAUAUUUCAUUCAGAUACUCUAUGAGAAACACCAAUCAGUACCGCCAAAAUUCUGCAUGCAAAGGCCAGGCUAGCAUACCACACGGUUAAUGGUUACUUAACUCCUGAAACAAAACAAAAUAAAAUAAAACCUUGACCUUAUAGUGCUAGUCUGAGUUGAAUAUCAACCUUCUAAAUCCCUGAAAUAGGGACCCUUGCUUACCCUGAUCAAUCCUGACUUGUACCUCUUCAGCACAGCCCCUAUUGUUGUGAAUUACACUGCCCCCUCCUCUCCCUCCCCCAGCAGUCCUCCGUUGACCUGCAAGGGAGGGUCUCCCACUAUUCCACUGGUUUUGAAUUUUAGCUCUGCUCCUUGAUUCAUCCCCUCCCCCCGGGUAGGGUCUGUCCUCCUUUUGUUGUGAUUCGAUUUAGCUUUUUUUUUUCUGUCUCCCACAUAUGAUUUCGUUUCGAUUUGUCAUGGAAUUAAUGAGCUAUAGUUCAAUGAUUUUUUCAGAUCAAGGGUUUGUGUCAACAUUUGUGUUGUUUGGGGGUUGGAAGUGAUGGCGCUUUUUUUUUUGCUCAUUUCUUUGGGUUUCAGUAUCCAGUGCAAACUGGGAGCAAACUGCAAGUUAUCAGCUUCGUCCAGAGUAAAUGAAAAAACAAACUAGCUAGCUAUCUGCAUUCAUAUAAAAAAACUGUCUGCAUUCAAAUGCCAAGAGCCAUUAGCAGCAGCAGCCAACCCAACCAAUCCCAAUCAGAUCACACUAAAAAAUCGGAGUGCAAGCAAGCCCUAAAA